CCACCCAUCACUCACUAGCUGUCAAAAAUUAAACGCAAAUCAGAACUGCAACAUUUUGUUUCUACACUGUAAAAAUAAUGAAGUUAUCAAUUGAAUCAUGUCGAUUGCAACACAAACGCUAAUUCAUACCGACGUUAGUGUUCGGCGAUUGUAAUCGAGACCUGCGUGUGUAUUCGGCGACAUGUAUUGUUUGCAAUGGCUUAUUCCUGUGCUGCUAAUACCGAAGCCCGUGAACCCGGCUUUAGUGAACACACAUGUUAUGUUCAUGGUCUUAUACCUAAUAGGAUUCUUCCUAGAAAGGAAGCCGUGUACCGUGUGCAGUGUAGUCUUCCUCGCAGCCGUGAUAUUAAUUUGUUAUAGCGGAAUUGGUAACUGUUUAUUCUGGGCUAGUCAAUGUGAUGCUGAAAAGUACGAUACGUAGACGGGUCAGCGAUUCUUCCAGAGUUAUCUACCUAAGUGCUCAAAGUGCAAGCUGCCCUGUCCAACAGAGGGCUGGAUGUAGUGACAAUGUGAGGCUGACACCAACACCAUUGCCUUGUGCAUUGAAAAUAUAUUAUAUUAUUUUCUUUGUAUAUUUUUGUAAAUAAUUGUUUUUUUAUUUAUUUACAUUUGAAUGUAUGGUAAUAAUGUUGUAUUGUAUUGAUAAUGAAUAAUUCCAUUGUGGAAGUUAUGUGCCGAUCUGUACUUAGUAUCAGAAUUAUGUUGACAAAUAAAAACGUGAUGUGUACAUAUUAUUAUCUUAAAUGUUAAUGUAAUAACAAUUUGGGGACAAGAUGCAAUUGUUUUAUUGGAGUAUUGGAUGAUGUAUAACGGAGUGUUUGAAGAAAGUACUUAUUAUAUUGUUAUGUGACUACUGAAGUUAUUGCAUGGCAGCUCAUCAUUGCACUCCUAAGUUUUAUUUAAGUCUUACACCUUAGGCAAUUGAUGAAAUGCUAAUGUCACCGUGUCAUGGUGAGUUGCCGUGCAAGCAUAAUUGUUGACAUAAAAUUAAAACUGUAUCAGAAUCAUAUCUUAGAUCCAUAGUAUCCAUUCAAAUAAGAUAGUAUAAAAAUGUAAUCUUCAUUACAUAUAAGUAUCAGUCACUUAUAAUGUUCACAAGUACUUAGCUUUCUAGACAAUCUACAAUUAUUGAAAAUAUUUAUUAAUAUGCAAAAAUACUUUGUUAGACUAAACGGACAGAAUGUGGGUGCAACUUUGAACAAAAAAUAAUACUGUUGCUCAAUGAAAUCAGUGGAAAUGUAAAUAGACAUGGAGUCUAUACUAGGCCAAGAUCAACGGCGGGCUUAACGGGGUGGCUUUUAGUCAGUAAGAGUCUGACACUCCCUCUUGCCUCAACUGAGCGGGUGCAGACAUUAGAUGAUUUUCCCCUUUCAAAAAAAAAAUAGAUCAAUGUGAAAUAUUAACAAACCAUGAGGGUAGAAUUAUAUUAUAACAAUUCUGUCACAAGCAAUACCACUCCCGCCACUUCCUCACUCUAUUUACUGAAAGUAAGGAGUUCAAUAGAUAGAAAAGUGUGUUUUGUUUUGGCCAGAUGUCUCACCUUUGUGGUUUACUUAGAAACUAUUCAAAUUGAUCUUGGCCCGAGUAUACAUGUUGGAGGCAUGGUUGCUACAUUGUUUACACAAAACCAUUUCAAUUGUUAGUACACCUUGUUAUAACAUCACAUUAGUCAUCUGUCUAGAAUAAAAAUAUAUACUUCCCCUUACUUUGUGAUAUUUUUGUAAAGUAUUAUUAAAUAGAGAAGUAGUAAACAUAAUUACUGUGUC